AUGAAUUACUUUAAAGAAGAUACGGAAUUUUUAAGAGAUCUAAAAGGAAUAGACAAGGAGGGAUGCUUUGAAAAUUUUAUGUUAUGGAAUAAUGAUGAAGAAAAGGGAAAAGAAAAAAUUAUAAAUGUGGAAAGAUAUGUGGAAGGGGAAAAAUAUAUGGAUGGGGAAAAACAUACUAAUGAUAACAUUUUAAUAGAUCAUGUAAAGGAGAAGGAAGGGAACUUUUUCUUUCGAAUUAAUAGAAUACAAAAGAAUAAAAAUAAAAAAUUGACUGACAUAAUUGUUUUAAAAAAUAUUCUAAAUGUAUAUUUUUUAUUUGAUAAAAAUAAUCAAGGGUUUAUAGAUAAUAUAUAUACGUGCCAUUUAAUACAAAAGAUAUAUGAAAAUAAUACUGAAUUUAUUUUGAAAAAUAUAAAAUUGAUUGAAUAUAUAAAGGAUAGGAAACAUGUGAAUAAUAAAAAGAUUACGAAUGUAUUACAUAAGAAUAAGGAAAAUCAUAUGGAUAAUAUAAAAGAUGAAAUAAAAGAAAAAAAUGAAUAUACAAAACAGUUUGCUCAUUUUCUUCUUUGUUUAUUAAUGGAUAUAUCAACAUUUCAGAUUGAUGGAAAUUUUAUGUUUUUAAAAAAAAAACAUUUCAUUGAUAUAAUAAAUCAUUUUAUACAAACAAAUAGAAUAACAUAUAACAAUAAUAAUAAUAAGUGUAAUAAUAUAUAUGAAUGUUUUAAAUAUCCUAGGAAUAUUAUAACAAAAUUUUAUGAUUAUAUUUAUUAUAUAAAAGAAAAAGAAGAUGAAAAGAAAAAAAUUAUAUUUGAAAAAAAGAAAAGGAUGAAAUCAUUAGAAAGAAAUGACAUCUUAUUUAAUGAAAAAAUAGUAAAUGCUAAUUUGAAUACACAUAUACAUUAUUUCAAACAAAUAAAAAAUGAAAAAUUAAAAAUAUUAAAAAAUAAGUUAAACAAAAAUGAAAUGAAUGAAUGUUCUUUUUCACCUCAAAUAAAUAUAUAUAAAAAAUUAAGAAAAAAAAAUUAUGAUACAAUAGAUUUGUAUGAUCAAAUAAUAUAUAAUUAUAACGAUGAAGAAAAAGGAAAAAAAAAUAUAUUUGUUCAAUCUAAAAAUAUAACAUAUGAUAUAGAUACAUCUAUUGAAAGAGAGUUAGUAUCAACUAGUAAAAAUAUGUUUAAUUAUUCUAAUAUAUUGUUUGAUAAUAUGAGUUAUGACGAAAAAGGUGAGAAUGCUAAUUCUGGGGUUGCCUUAAAAUAUAUAAUCCAUCAAGGUUAUAACAAACCUAAGAAAAUCAGGUGGCAAGAUACUUUAAGAUGUAAAAAAUGA